AGGCCCAUUAAGGGAAAUAAUAAUGGGCUUAAAGUAGCCCGAUCAUUCCCUGCGACAUUACACCUUCGUCGGAGAAAGAAAUUCUUGAGAGAGAGAGAGAGAAGAGAGAUGGCUGAAGCAGGAAGAAGACAAGGUGGUGGGAGGCCAUUGCCGCCUCCUCCGAGAGGCGUUAAUCAACAUCCUCGCCCUAAAACCGAACCUGUGGAUCGCGAGAAGACAUGUCCCCUGCUUCUUCGUGUUUUCACCAAGACUGGUGGUCAUCAUACCAAGGAAGAUUAUGCUGUGAGAGGCAAAGAACCGAAGGAUGAAGUUCAAAUUUACACAUGGAAAGAUGCCAAUCUCCGCGAGUUAACAGAUCUGGUCAAAGAAGUUUCUGUUGCAGCUAGGAGAAGGGAUGCAAGAUUAUCUUUUGCGUUUGUUUAUCCACUCAAGAACGGUCGCUUUACUGUGAGACAGGUUGGUCAGACGAUGUCUUAUCCAAACCGAAAACAACCAGACGACAGUAAAACACUCGCUGACCUUGAAUUCGAGAUUGGGGAUUACCUGGACGUGGCAAUCUAC